CUCCGCCCUCACCUUCCCCCAGCCUGGCUCCCGCCUCGCCUCGCGCCCGACGCGGGGCGGGGCGGUUGGGGAGCCGCUCACCUGUCCGUGGGUGAAGCGGGCUCGGCGGGCGCCACCAUCCCGCGCCCGGGCGAAGGGGUGGAGGAGGGGUAAGAUGGUGGCUGCUAGCGCCCAGCCGCGGGCUCCCCGCUUCGCGAAGGCCUCUUGGCCGGAGGCUACACCUGUGCUUAAGAUUCUGAAUUUCUGCAUAUUCGGCAAUGCAACAAACUUGGGAAAAGAGAAUUUAUAUUCUGACAGCGAGGACAUGGUCAAACAAAGUGCCAUUCUCAGUCAUUACGAGCCACGGGUAAACGGCAAGAAACAAAAAAUGGACACUCAGUUAUUCUCCCCAUUGUUAGGAGGGAUCACAAGUACACCACCACCCCUGGAAUCAUCCCGGUUAUAUAGUAAUUGGUCUGUAUGUGGAGAUGAUACCAACACAGCAACUUCUUUACAAGACUGCACCAAAAAAAGGGCACAGAUAAAUCUGUCUUACUCUGGCAAUGGCCCAGAUAUGUUUGGGUUAGUGUCGAGCAUCCUAGAGGAGCCAAACAAGCCAGAACCCGUUACAGAUUGGAAUUCUCUGUCGAGAUUGUUUCCCCCUAUGUGGGCAUCUGACAUUGGAAACAAUGGUGACUUCUCAGGUCUGUCUUCUAAGCAUCCUUUACAAAGUAAAGAUUUUCCAAACCUGAUUGGCACACAGAGCUAUUAUCAAGGACACUUGCAAAAGUCACCUGAUGUAGAGACUUUACACAGAGGAUUUGAAGACCUUCAUCUUAUAGAGUCUUGGCUUUCUCCUUCUGACCCAUAUACUCAGCCAUCUGAUGAUAUCUUGAACAUUUACCCUGAAAAUUCUGCUUUUGAAAAUAAUGCCAUAAUUCAGCAAGAAGGAUUAGCAUUUCAGAAUGUACAAUUUAAUCAGCACGUGUGCAAUUAUGAUAAGAUGAACUUAAAUGGAGACAGUGAAAAGAACUGCUCUGAUUUUAGUAAUUUUUCUUCUCAAUGCAGAAUUAAAGAUGGCACUGGUAUUCAGAAAGAGUAUUGGGAAACUGACAGAGCAAGAGGCAAACUUACAAAAAAUGACAAACAAGAGCAAGCAAAGUACUCCAAUGAUGCUAAUGGCACUUGGGGCAAAAUGUUCCAGGACAACCAUUUGUUUUCUAAAAGAUAUGAAGAUUUUACAACUUCUCAUAAAUCACAGCCAUCUGUUCACCAAUCGCUCUAUUUUUUCAAUCAACCAUUUACUAAAGAAAAUAGUUUUCCUGGAGGAUCAAAUAGAAACCCACAGGAAACGCACUUGCAAAAUGGCCAUAAUAGCUUCAAUUUGGGAGAAACCUGUAAUAACUCUGAAUGUAAGAGCCAUAUUAAUCCUAAAGAAUGUUCUCGUAAACCUUCUGAAUAUCAUUUAUCUGUAAAAACUGCUCAACAAAAUGGAAACUUUCAUUCACCUUACCGUGGACAUACGUGGCUGGAUGGUAAAAUCUUAAGUCCCACAUCUACAUCAGAUAUUGCAUAUAGGAAGCAAAACCAAGUAGUAACAAGCCCACAGUCUUCUUCUGGGGUUUCAACUAUGUCCAGUGGAUCUCCAACACAUCAGUCUGUAACCCAGCCCUCUUAUUACUCACAGUUGUCACCGGUGCCCUCUUCAAGGAAAGAUGGAAGGUUACAAAUAUCAAAUAGUGUUCCUGGUAACUUGGGGGGUUCAAAUUUCUUUGCAGAAAAUCAGAAACAAAUUAAACCUAUUGGACAUUCCCAGCAUGAUUCAUUGACUAAUAAAGGCCAGUAUCGUAAAAUACCCGUUAAUUUGUCACACAACUGGUUAACACAGCAGAAUUCGGCAAGUGAUGAGUCUGAAAAGUAUCAUAGGUUUCGCAAAAAGCAAAACCAAGAUAACUGUAAUAAAGAUGAAAGAAGAGGUAGAAGGAAUUGGAUACCCCAUCCUGGGUAUGCAGGGCAAAAUCAGCAACAGUUCAGCAUGUUCCGAAAGAAGCAAGAACAGAAUGGUGGCAACAUGUCAGAUUUCAUCAAUCCUUCUUUUCUUCCUUCUUUCCCAUUAAUGUCUGAUUUUAAGCAAAAUCCCAAUUUUACUCCAUUUAAUCCCCAUCCUUUUCCAUCAGCAAAUAAUUUUGCUUUUCCUCCAUCACCAUUUCCAUUCUCGGAACUUGUUGAUCUUUUUCACUAUGAUGAUUUUAACCAUUUGAAUCCCUUCAUUAACGACCUAUUUUGUGGGGAAUUAAGUGCACCAUACUUUGCCUUUCCAACUCCUUUUAACAAGUAUAGGCCUCCAAGAAAUCGCAGUGGACCUGCUAAUGAGCUUCAUAUUCGACUGGAGGAGUGUUAUGAACAGUGGAGAGCUCUGGAGAAGGAGAGGAAAAAGACUGAAGCUGAUCUUGCAAGAAACUUUCCAGGAAAGCGGGUAUCUAGCUCAAAUAACACUCCUGUUUCUCGACUUCCUGCUAACCCUUCACGAGUGGAUCGUUUGAUUGUGGACCAGUUACGAGAACAGGCCAGAGUGCUCACCUUAAUAGGAAAAAUGGAAAGGCUUCGUGGUACUCCUGUCCAUGGGAAUAUAUCCAAAACUCUGGAACAUCAUUUAGAAGCCAUUCAUGUUACACAAGCGAGGCGGAAAGAUGAGAUUGUCAAUGCUGCCAAUCCACAGAGACAAGGAGCACCUCGCUAUAAUAAUGAAAAAGAUGUUCUUGCUCUGGCAGCUGCCAUUAAAGAGUUAGCUGUUUCCACACGCAAGGCUCGUACUGCUUUAUGGUGUGCACUGCAGAUGACUCUACCAAAAACCUCCUUAAGCACUCCAGUGAAACAGGAGGAGGUCGAAAGGGCAUUGCAAGAGCUUUGUCCAGGAAACACAAGCACACAAGAAAAAAAUAGUGCAGAUCCUGAAGACCAGGGAAGCAAAAAAGAGAAACAUGAGGAACCCAUACAGAUUUCUGAAUAACUGUGCAGAGAAAAAAAAAAAAAAAGGAAGAAAGUGAAUUGCAUUGUGCUAUGGAGAACUUUUUUUUGCUAGGUUAUCAGAAAAAAUAAGGAUAACUCAACUGAUCAGUGCUGCAAUUUUAUUACUGUGAUUCUGGUGUUGACAAAUAUUUCUUGUAAUAGUGUUAUUGCAGUUUUAAUAUUGCUGGUAUUGCAGUGUCUUCUAUGUAAGAUAAAGAUUUUAUUAAUAAGGGGAACUGGGCAAUAGCUGAUCAUUUUCUUGACCACUUAGCCAAAGCUAUGUAUCAGCUGUGACCCAAGCCAUGAUCUGAGAAACCAGUGAGUGGCUAAGCUAAUUUUGAUUCUUUUCUUCAUUUGUUAGUUUUAAAAUUUAACAUUCUUUAGAAAUGUCAUUUUUAAAGGGUAUUCCAUAAUUAUUGGGGUUUUUGCACCAUUAUGUAUUCUUUUAAGUGCCAGAAUGAUUGCUAAAAAAUGUAAUUGUUUGUACUGUCACUCAACACUGAAUAGUCCACACUUCUGCUUUGCUAUUGUGACAGGGUGUCAAAUCUUUCAGGUAAUUGCCAAGAGUCUGACUGGAAUAAUCAGAGUUUAAUGUUCGUUACAUGACCUGCUUGUUCUGCCAAUUAAAAGUUUCCAGCUGGACCAAUCUAAACCAAAAGUUCCCAUAGUAUAAUCCUUGUGGCAAAAUUUUUACAUAAUAAAUAAAUGAAGAACUAAUUUUAAGGAAUUUUUAGAGUUGCAGUAUAUUGCAUUAAAAUACAGUUGGCAGUUAACAUAAAAUUGUUACUCGGACUUAGAAAUUAGAUUUACUGAUGCCUAAUGGUUAAAAACAGUAAGUAUGCACUUAAUGAAAAAUUACAUGGUUAAUAAUAUGUUUAUGGUAUUUUAAUUUUCAGAAACAUUCCAUAUUUAUUUUAAUGUUUUGAUUAAAUGUUUAUUUAAAAUUCUAUUUUAAUAAUAUACAGUUGGGUCUUUUGCCAAACCUUCCUAAUAAUCAGAUUUAAUGAUUUACUCAGGAACUAUGUAUAUUAUAUAUAUAAAUACACACAGUAUAUAGGGGUUUUUUGAGGGGUAGGGAUGUUUGCAAGAUAUUUACACAAAGCUAACUAUACUAGGUUACCAAAGCUGUUGAAUUGAUUUGUUUUAGCAUGAGAAGAUUUCAUAUGUUUAAUUGCUAUUUAGUAGUCUUCAUCCUGGGGCUUAGACAAUCAGAAGUGUAUCAAUGUGAAUGUACAGAGUAAGAAUUAGAAAAGGAUGAAUAAUUCAUAUUUUGAUCUUAAUCACACUACUUAUGAGUAUUUUAAUGCUUUAUCAAUCGUGUCUUAAUGUUAGAUUGUCUUUCAAAAUGUACUAAUUACCAAGUGUGUUCUUAGGUGUUAGUAUAUUGAUGAAUGGCUUUGGAGAGCAGUUCUUGUUUUAAAAAAUAAUUAUGUUGAGGACAGGAGAAAAAGUUCAAAGACUUAAAAUGAAGAUUUAUCUGUGUUUCAUGAUGAUAUGAUAUUGAAUUUGACGCUUUCUUGAUAAAUAUAUAAUUCUGUUUGCAUAUACAUGUACUUGCUAAAUAUUCCAAACAGUCUGUAAUUUUGGACCUGUGAAUGUUUCUAGAACAUCUGUGGUCUUAUAGUUCUAUUAGUACCAAUAUAGUACCAGUGGUCAUACCAUUGUUAAUGGUAAUGAGGUGAUGAGUGCAUCAUUUUGUAGAACAGGAAGUCACUAAAGCCUCAUUUUGAUCCACUGAUUAAACAAAGGAAUCAUAAGAAGGCAGAAUCUUAUUAAAAGUAUGCUCCACAUUUUCUAAAGAAAACUUAAUCCAUUUCAGUGGAUAUUUUUAAGCCUUAGUCUAAAACUAAAAAUUGGUACUGAAGAGAAUUAUUUCAGUGCUGUCUCUGUGUGUGUGUGUGUGUGUGUGUGUGCGCGUGUGCAAAAUCUGUUUGCACUAAUAUCUGAAGGUCAGAUGUGUUUUUGUGAAAUUAUAGUUGGUGGUUUGAAACAUUUUCAGAGUUUACAGUAUUUGAGUUGUUGGAAUUUAAGUUACGAUUUCUGUUUCCUGUUAACAUAGUAUUUGAAAGUCUUGAUUUGCAUUUCUAUUUACAGAAUAAUUUGUAGUCUUGCAGGAUUGUUUUGUAGUAUUGAAUGUAUUGGGCAUAUUAGGUCCUUAUUGUAUUGUUUGUAUGUAAGUUAUUGUGCAGGAAUGUGAUCUUAAUCAGUUCAUAAUAUAGUUAAUGUGCCUUUAAAAGUCUUAUUUUUCAAAAACGGUAAGUAACUGUGUAUGCUCACUUUAGCUUUCUGUUGCAAUUUAAUAAUACAUUUAAAGGGGUUAAAUGUAGCUGCAUUUGACUAUAGCUAACGUAGCAUAUGGUAUUAGUGUUUUUCUUGCAUAAUAUUUGAUUGUCCAGUUAUGGACUCUUUAACAUGUGUAAGGCACCAUAGCUGUUGAGAGUUGCCACAAGUCAAGUGUAUUCAUAACAGAGUUUAGUUGUGUUGCCCACAAAUGCAACAUGUGCACAUUUAAUUCUUUUUGACUUGACCGGCCUGUAUUCUUCUUAAAAUGUGAACUAUCUGAUGGUCCUCUUAGUAUGGAAAUUUUUCUGACCAUUUCUUGAAAUACUUAAACAAUUAACAUCAUUGCAAUGUAAAAACAAAAAUUCUUUCAAGACGCUUCCGUUCUGUUUUUGGUUUGCUACACAUUCUUCUAUAUUUCAGGGCGGAAAUACAGUCUUUUGGAAGUUUACCAGUGUAAGUUUGGGAUUACAAUAGUUCUGUGCAGUCAUAUAGUGUUCCUAAUUGACUAUUGUUUGACUUGAUAAUGAAAAGCAGUUUCCAUACAUAUUCCAUUCAGAGCUUCAGGUGAAUAAAUAUCAUUUCCUUCUCUGGUUUGUUAGGGCCUAACCCUAGUCUCAUGUCAUUGACUUCCGGGGAAGCAGACCUGGGUUAUUAGUUAGCAGUCUGGAUUAAAGUGGAUAGCGGUGUGUGAGUUUUUGAGUUUGUGGAGCAAUCAAACAGUAUACGGUGAAUUUUUCUGUUUAAAAAGUUUUCACCCCAUCCUGUCCUUUUUUCUUCUAAUUGGCUCGCACAUUUCAGGUGUGCGGUUAAGUGUGGGGAUGAGGGUGCUGAGUGUUCACUGUGGCUAGUCCACAAUACUAGUCAGCUCAGUUCCAAGAGUGCAGAAUGUUUAAGAAUUCUUGUUCAAAUCAUGUUAGUUAAAAUACAAUUGUAUUUAUUUUAUUAGAAUAGGGCUGAAACUUUAAGAUCCUAAAUUGAUAACACAAUACAGUAUAGACUUAAAAAUCACAAGCUAACAUCCCUUUUAUGGGUUAUUCCCCCGAUAGUGGACUGGAAGCUUGUGCUUGUUUCCUAUUUCCACUUUUUUGUUCCCCCCACAGAAAGUGUAUGGCCUGCUGCAAAAUGAGUACUGUUCCACCAAUAUGUUUAGCACCUGUGCCUUUGCCUCUCCUCCUCUACAUCCCCAGAGUCCCUAUGAUAGUAAAGCUAUUGUGAUAGAACUGGUGUAAGUUAACACGAAUGAGAUCAGUAUUAAUUUGUCAGCAUUAAGGGAAGUGAGAUUGUCCAGGAAUGUGGCUGUUCUGUAUGGUGCCAUGUCCCAACAGAGGGGAUCUCCAGGAUCAAGAAGUCUUUACAAUAAACUAGGGCCUCAUCUUUCUACAGGGCCUCAUCUUCUGCCUCUUGCUGUCCUCCAUUUGUGGAAACAGUGAUGGAUACUUUUUUCUAAAUGAAGUAAAAUUCAUUGGUGCUCAAUGUCCCUGAUAGUGAAGGGCUUUUAGCACAUAACUAACGUUUGGGUUUUUUUAUCUCAGUUCCCCUCGGCCUGAAACCAUAGCUUUCAACACUACUCAAUGUGACAUUUUCGGAACACAUCCUUUUGUGAAGUCACAGCUACUGGUUCUCACUGAACUAAGGAGAUGGCCUAUAGGAAGUUGGAUGUGUUUGGGUUUUUUUAAUUGCUAUACAGUAUUACUAUGAAUAAAAUGUAAAACCCUUGAGAAUUAUUUUUAAAAGAUAAUAUAAAACACAAUGCCAUUUUCUGACCUGCUCUGAAAGCUGGUUUCAUUUUCUAUCUGUGCUCUGUGCAGCUUUAUGUCAAAAUGAUGGAUUCUGAGGCAAUCCAAAAGAUGACUGGUGUGUUUUUUGGUAGGGUCUGAGAAGUGAGCUUUAAAUUAAUUCUCCUUUCCGUUCAGGACAUUUGAGUAGAAUUGGCUUUUGUAAAAUGUGCAGGUCUCCGCUAAUUUGUGAAGACUUGAGUUCAGGAUUCUUUUUCAACUCUGCAAGUGUUGACCUCAACUGAAAAAGAGAGCAGGAACACCACACUCUGGUAUAUUAGGCUAAUAUGAUGGAGGAGCUAACUUUCAAAUGUGUCUUUAAAUGUAAAUGCAUUUGAAAUUAAGGCUACACAGAAAUUGUUCACAAUCCUGCUUCCACUGAAGUCAAUAGUUUUGCCAGAUACUGACUUCAGUUGGGUUUACUGUUUUACUGACCUAAGUCUUUACUAUUUAAGUUUUUUUGUAUAUACAGGCUUUGCAGUUCAUAUUGAACAUUAGGUACUAAGACACUCCCGAAACAUAUGUUUUUCCUAACUUUAUUGUAAGGUUUUUAAACAUAGUAACAUCUUGGAGUUAGGAGAAAUAGUCUGCUUUCAUUUAAAGCUGAGGAAUGUACCUACUGUAAGAUGCUUUGGCUGAGUUAAAUCAAUAGGCUUUUGAGAAAUUUGCACCUUGUUUUAUCCUGAUUUGCCUGGAUAGAAAUACAGCCUUAACCGUGUUAAGAUCUUGAUUUGUUUCUUGUGCAGUUUUAUCUGUCUCAAUCACCAGCACUUUUCUGUUUUGUGGAAACGUAUAAAUAAUUAUAAAAGGAAAAACUGUGUAUCUAUGAAGUUACUUUUUUAUGAUAAAUUGUUUUACAAUUUGCUUUUAAAAAGCACUUUCUUUUUCUUUAGUUUUUUACUUUUUAAUAGUGCAACCAAAUCUGUCAAUUUUAUAGCGUGGUGACUCAUUUUUCUUUCUUAGCAAUACUACAAUUAAAGGUGCAAAAAAAUAAGGUGCAUUAUAAUGUAUUUAUUUAGCCUUUGUUGUUAGAAGUUGAAAAUGUAUGGAAUAAAGUAGUUUUGAGCAACUUUUUUAGAAUUGGGGAACUGAAACUAUAAAUCCUCUGCUUCUUAUUUGCCAGAUAAGCUUUAAAAAGGAAAUUGUUUGCAUAUACUAUAUGAAAGCUAACUAAUGAGAGCAAGGAUAGACCAGUGUCAACGUUAAAAAAAUCAAUUCCAGAUAAAGGUUGCUUUACAUUUUUUACUGUACAAAAUAAAACUGGUCUAAAACUUGUGUAUGCACAGUAAUAACUUAAUGAACCUAGGGUUUUUUUCCCCCACAAAAUUAGGCUAUUUCCAAUAUAUAUGGGGAAAAUAAGUUUACUUUUAUUUUUAUGACAUAUACAAAGACUAAUAGUGUCUAUAUUUUAAUAUACUGUUUAGUGUCUGAAGUAUAUCUUUUACAUGUAUGUUGGUCAAUCUCAUUUAAUUAAAAACAAAUUUUACACUGUUAGUGAAAUAUUACUGAAGAAAGCUAUUGUGAGUUAAUCCAUUUAGUAGACCCAACAGAAAUAAGUGGAAGUAUACAUUUAACUAAAAGAAGCAAGAUGUCAAUUGUUAAUACUUAAUGAUUAGUCAAUUUAGGCUUAUUUCAGUGUUUCUGUAAAAUAACUGGAUAUUUAAUGAACGUUGCAAAAAUAUCACUUCUACCUCUUGUGUAACACUUAACUUUAAAAAAGGUUAUUUAUACUACACAGAUUUCUGUUGGGACAUACUUUGCUAUUUUAGAAAGUUGAUACACCUUAACUAGUGAAUUUGGUGUGCAUUUUUUGUUUUCGGUUAGACAGCUCUCUUAUGUGGAAUACCAGGGAGCCUUGCGGCUAGAUUGUGUUCACUUGUGUAAUGUAACCUACCAUGAUGUGUACACUUAAAUAUGGUUUAUAUUAAGAAAAAGGUACAACAGUAGAAAGAGAUGCUAAGGUUUGUAUUACAUGUAUGAAAGUCACAGAUUUAUGAGAAUCCUGUAAUAAAUCAUGGCCAGUGUAAUUUUCUAGCAUUUUUUUUAUGUAUGUGAUUGUUUCCUUAUUUAAAUAAUCAGUUGUGUUGUAUGUAUGUGGCUAAUAAAUAGUUACAACUGUUGUUUUAUUCAGUUCAACUCAUGUUACUUUUCAGCUGCUGUUCUAUAUGCGAGGUGUUUCUUGUUUGUUUGGGGUUUUUUUGUAAUUCACUGAAAAGACCUCUUGUAUGUUCUGGGUAACACUUACAGUUGUAAAAAUAAUUAAACUAUUUCGUAUUUUAAAUCA